AUGAAGCUGAAGCAACUGGAAGGUCUUCUUGGGAACCUCGACCAAUUCUCCGAUCCAAAGGUGGAGCUGGAACAGUACCCCACGGGUCCGCACAUCGCGUCACGCCUGCUUUACAUGGCUGAAAGUAUGUUUGGAGAUGUAAGUGGCAAGGUUGUGGCAGACUUUGGUUGCGGUUGUGGUACAUUAGGUAUUGCGAGUUCUUUAUUGGGUGCAGAGUAUGUCAUUGGCUUUGAUAUCGAUUCACAUUCUCUGGAAAUUGCUUCUAUAAAUGCUGCAGAAUUAGAGUUAGAUAUAGAUCUCAUUUUGUGUGACAUCAAGAGCUUAGGACUGAAAGGCAAAUUUGUAGAUACUGUUGUGAUGAAUCCUCCCUUUGGGACCCGAAGGAAAGGAGUGGACAUGGAGUUUCUUAGUGUGGCUUUGAAAGUUGCUUCCAGAGCUGUCUAUUCUUUGCACAAGACUACUACCAGGGAGCAUGUUAGAAGAGCAGCUUUACGCGAUUACAAUGCCAAAAGUGCUGAGGUUUUAUGCGAGCUUCGGUUUGACGUGCCACAGCUCUACAAGUUUCACAAAAAGAAAGAAGUUGACAUAGCGGUCGAUCUCUGGCGCUUUGUCCCCUGAACCGGUUGAACAGAUUUAAAGACUACAGAAUCAAAUUCCGAAGAUAUUAUUGAUGCAAGGAAGUAAAAUCCACAAGCUACUUACUGAUCAUAUCAGAAGAGAAUGUUGCUCAAACUGAUCAAUCCAAACCCUAAAGACGAUAUCUGUAAGUUGUUACUUGCUCACUACUCUAAAAACUAUGCAAGAUUUACUAGACCUUGAUAUUAUAAUAUUGACAGACUAUCUUCUUUGUAGAUCAGUCAGAAAAUGAAUUACCUAAGUUUGAUGUUUGACCUAAUUAUGUUUUAAUAAUAUAUAAAUUGCAUUUUCUUUUGUGUA